UUUCUCGGCAUUUCUCUUUCUGCGAAUUUUUCACUUUCAUUUUUUCAGUUAAAUUAAUUUUAACGUUUAAUUUUGUUAUUCUAUGUUAUUUUUAUUCUAUUUUUACUUUUCAGAUUCUUUAACGCUUACAACCUCGUCUACUUAAAGUUUUUUCUGAUGUGGGUCGGAUGUAUUACACUCGAUUUUCUUAUUGGUUUUCGUUUUGAAUUGCUCUGGCCACUUUGGCUCUUGGUUCGCCAUCUUUAUGAAUCCUUUCGUAUUCACGCCUUUUCCUCUUCUCUUCAGUACUCAGCUUUUUCCGUGUUCUUUGUUUGCGUCACUGCUACUUCAGAUCUCGUCUGCUAUUUAUUUAUCCCAAUACAAGUGUUGAUUUUUCUUGCUAGCACCUAUGUUUGGGUCCAAUUUGUUUACCAAGCAUCUGAUAGAGGCAUUUGUUUGCCUUCAAUAUUUCUUUGGGCUCUCUUCAUAAUAUUUGAAUACUCCGUUAGAUACCGGUUCGACAACGCAACAUGGUAUUUAACAAGAACAUCUUGGGUGACUGCUGGACUCUUUCCUUCAACAGCAGAUAGCGUUUCUGUAGGAUCACCUUCAUCAGCAUCAUCUACUUCAUCACCUCGCCUCGAACUUUAUAGACCGUUUGCGGCACAUUGUAUUGGUUUUCCUGUUGUUACAUUAGGAUUCCGAGUCAAGUCAUUUUUUAGUAAUUGGAGAAUGAGAAUUAGACGUGAAGAGGUACGUAGACAGAAUGAGUUCUACGAAAGAAUUUUGUCAGACGCUCUGCCUGCUUCCUUUGAAAAUCGGAAGCAUUUUAUUUCUUCAAGGAGCCAUUUCUCCAUGGAACAACAUGAAAUUUUUGAUCUUGAUUCGAAUGGUGGAUUUGCUACAACUGAAUUUUUGAAUGGAUUGGAUGGUCCACAGUCAACACUCCCCCGUUUAUCUUCAAAUUCGUCAACUCAAUUUGCUGCAAUUUGUGCAGCACCGUUAAAUACUUCAACAUCGGGCAUUACCUCAUCAUUAUCUUCGAUACCCCAGAACACUUCAAUUGGAGCAUCUAACACAAUUAUGACUAAUUUACCAAAGAAACGGCAGUCCAAACAAACAAAGCAACAAAAUGGAACUUUAAAAAGAGGUGGCGUUACUAAUACAACGAUAGUAAAGUCAUGGCGUGGUGCUGAUAGUGCUAUAAUGAAUGGUAGUGGUAGUAUAACUAAUAAAGGUUUGUUCUUAUUAAUUGGAUAUUUAGGAUAUAUUUUUGGUCAUUUCUUUGUCUUCUUGCUUCGAAAAUUAUUCAUCAAUGCUUUUCGACUUUGUUGCCUUUUUGUGCUAUCUACAAUUGGAUAUAUCUUUAGCAGUCUAACGCCUUCUAUGCAACAAACGCUUGAAAGAUUAAUGUCUAAAUUGAAAGGAAAUUCAAAUUCUGUUGGCGGACAAGAUGAUAUUAUUUCAUCUAGCGGUGAUGGCUCAAAUAUUGCUGAAGAGGAUGAUUGGGAAAGAGAUUCUAAUCAUUAUCAAACAAUUAAUUUAGAUUCUUCAAAUGUAAAUUUAAUUCAAAGUGGAAAACGGCGAGCUCGAAGACCAAGAGGUCUUUCUACUCUUUCCUCUAAUUCUACAACAACAAAUGAACAACAACAAAGUUCUUCUUCGGCAAAAACUCCAACAACUUCAUCUUGUUCAAUUUCUUACGCAAAUGGUGAUUUGGCUCUCACACCGAAUGCUGGAAGCAGUGGAAUUUCUUUUUUGAUUGGAAAUGAUUUAUCUCUAACAGAAAAUGGGGAGCAAAUACGUGAUAAUGCAAUGAAAAUGAGUGAAUUGAAACAUUUAUUGAAACAAAAACAAAUGUUGGAGCAAUCAAUGGAGAAACUUCGAAAUGAGCUUAAAAUAUCUCGUCAUGGUGAGAAUGAUUUACGUUCGCAACUUGCUUCUGCACAACAACAAGAACAAACCACUCGAUGUGAAUGGCGUCAAUACGAGAGAGAACAGAAACAAAAAUUAGAACAAUUGGAACAAAAAGGCCGUCAAUUAAACAAACAAAAUGAACAUUUCAAAACAAACAUUCAAGCUUUGGAAAAACGUGUUGGUGAAUUACAAUUGAAGAAAAUAGAAAUAGAGAGAGAAUUAGCAAAUGAGCGACUUGCAAAACAACAACAGUUAAAUGCUGCUGUGGAUAAUUCUAAUCGUCACGAAAAUGGUGAACUACAAAAACAAAAAUUAAUCAAUAUGGACAAAGAAUUGAAGCAUUUGAAACGAGAAUUUAAAAAUAAAGAAGAAUUUUGUUCAAAACUUGAAGAGGAAAUGCGCCGAUUAUCUGCAGCUAGAAAUGACGAGAGCAAACAAAUUGAAACACUUCGUCAAAAGAAUUUCUUGUUAGAACAAACACUAUCAGCUGAGAAUAGAUUAAAACAAGAUUUAUUCCGUGCAUUAAAUGAUUCAAAAGCUGAAAUUGCUUCAAUGAAAGCCCAACUCCGGGCAAAACACACAAAAGAUCAAGCUGAUAUGAUGAACGCAUUUACCUCUACUCCAAGCGAAAAUUCUAUUUUCCAAAAUGGAUUCGUCACAAAAAGUUGCGGAGAUAAGGAAAAUAGUACUUCAUUGUCGACUGGUUCUUCACCAAUUCAACAUCAACAAAAUUUUUCAUCGCAAAAUACACAAAAAUCAUUAACUCCGCCACCUUUGUCAGUCGCUAGUUCAACAUUAAAUUUGGAACAAUUAUUACAAGCAACGCAAAAUAUGUCCUAUUCUCUCGGCCCUAUUGUAAAUUCGAAUGGAAUAACAAGUUGCUGCUCUGGUACACAAAAUGGCCCAAUUUGUACAACAUCUUCGCCAUAUAUAAAUUCUGAAGCAUCUGAAAUGUUAGCAGUUGGUGGUCAUCGAGGUGGUUCAACAAGUAGUGGCAGCAACACAAAUACUGCCAGUAACAACAACAGAAAUUGCGGAAACGGGCAAUAA